UUGGGCGCCAACCAAAUCACCCGGCUCCACGAAGACUACGUGGAAGAACUCAAGAGCAAAGGGGCAAUCCAGUCUCCGAGGGUGGAGGAAGCCUUCAGAUCUGUCCCACGGCACCUGUUCCUGCCUGAAGUACCUUUGGAAAGGGUCUACCGUGAUGAAGCGAUUCUUACCAAGCGCCAGGACGGACAGCUAGUCAGUUCCUCUUCGCAGCCCGCCAUGAUGGCCAUAAUGCUGGAGCAACUGGACCUGCAAUCCGGCCACCGCGUCCUCGAGAUCGGUGCGGGUACCGGCUAUAACGCGGGUCUGAUGGCGCACAUCGUCGGCGAUUCCGGGCAGGUCACGACAAUUGACAUCGAUGAAGACCUCGUCGAAGGCGCCCGAAACCGCUUGAGUGUGGCGGGCCUGGAUGCCGUAACCGUGGUUUGCCGUGACGGAGGCCUCGGGUACCCGGGCAACGCACCUUACGACCGGAUCAUCCUGACGGUAGCAGCAUGGGAUAUCGCUCCCGCCUGGAGAGAGCAGUUGAAACCGGGGGGACGGUUGCUCUUACCGUUGGAGGUUGGUCGCAGCGUUCAGAAAUCGGUCGCUUUCGACAAAAUAGGCGACCAACUGGAAAGCGCGUCGGUCAAGGAUUGCGGGUUCAUGCCCCUCAGGGGCGACUUCGCCAGGCCCCUGGAGUACAUUCCAUUGGGCCCGGAUCCGGGGCUCGUUGUGUCCGUUGACGAUCCGACAAAAGUGGAUGGAGAGGUUGUUUAUCGCCUACUGUCAGGCCCGUCUGAAUAUGCGCCCACCGGGAUAUAUGCAACUCCGGGUGAGGUCAUGUUUGGCGGAUUGGCUCUCUGGCUCAGUUUACACGAGCCCGGCUUCUGCGUCCUAUCCGCCGAGGAUCAGAUGGCAGACCGCGGCAUCGUGGCAGGUUUGAUGGAAUUAUCAGGAGAGUGGAGAAGAUGUUGGACUAAUGGACUGCUUGGGGAUGAUGGCCUUUGUGUCUUUGCCCGCCCUCCCGAUGGAUAUUCCGCAUCCGAGCAGCCAGUCGGUUUCGCUGGGUUUGAACUAUUCGUGCGAGGCUACGGAUCAUGGUCUGAUCAUGCCGAGCGCCUGAUUCAGCAGGUGCGACGUUGGGAAGCUGUUGGCGCCCGGCCAACGACCGGAUCCGCCUGA